AAGGUGGAGCCCAGUCGGCCCGAUAGUCCCAGUCCCAUCCCCGCUACUCCAGCACACGUGAUCACCGCCGCUGCCGCCUGCUACCCGCACCAUGGCCCAGUCACUGCCUCGGCUAUCUGUUCCCGCGGUGCUGGCCCUGGGAUCGGCCGCCCUGGGCGCCGCCUUCGCCACUGGUCUGUUGCUGGGGAGACGGUGGCCUUCGUGGGGAUCCAGACAACAGCGCCUGCUGCCCCCCGAGGACAGUCCCCUGUGGCAGUAUCUGCUGAGCCGCUCCAUGCGGGAGCACCCGGCGCUGCGGAGCCUGCGACUGCUGACCCUGAAGCAGCCGCAGGGGGAUUCCAUGAUGACCUGUGAGCAGGCCCAGCUUCUGGCCAACCUGGCGCGGCUCAUCAAGGCCAAGAAAGCUCUGGACCUGGGUACUUUCACGGGCUACUCCGCCCUGGCGCUAGCCCUGGCGCUUCCCGAGGCUGGCCGCGUGGUGACCUGCGAGGUGGACACGGAGCCCCCAGAGCUGGGGCGGCCCCUGUGGAAGCAGGCGGAAGCGGAGCACAAGAUCGACCUUCGGCUGCAGCCCGCCCUGCAGACUUUAGAUGAGCUCCUGGCGGCGGGAGAGGCCGGAACCUUCGAUGUAGCGGUGGUGGACGCGGACAAGGAGAACUGCACCGCCUACUACGAACGCUGCCUGCAGCUGCUACGCCCUGGAGGAGUGCUCGCCGUGCUCAGAGUCCUGUGGUGCGGAGAGGUGCUGCAUCCUAAACCCAAGGACAAGGCUGCUGAGUGCGUGCGGAACCUGAAUGAGCGCAUCCUGCGAGACGCCAGGGUCUACAUCAGCCUCCUGCCCCUGGGUGACGGGCUCUCCUUGGUCUUCAAGAUCUAAGGAGAACCCCAGACAGUGACCCUAGUUUUAAACCUGACAAUAAAAGGACUAGGACACACCAUUUUCUGAGCAUCCCUAUCUGCCGUUUAUUAGGUGGUGGUCCUACAGGAAGUCAGCUUUUCCAGCAAAGCAGUCUCCCUGGCACCAAGGCUUGUGGCCCUAUCUGAUAGAAUAAUCUUAAUGAAGUGUGCCAGCUGCAUGCAUUGAGUAGAGUCCCAACAGGUUAUGAGGGCUAGACGUAAGGGGUGUCUCCUGCCUCCCACACCUGGGGCCUGACAAGAUAGAUCCCUGCAAGAGAGCAGCAUCCAGAUCAAAUUUCAACCUGCUACCUUCCAGAGAUAGGUGCUUGGGGACAGAACCUUUCGAGAAUCAGUCUUUUGAUUCACAUGGCCCCCAUCACCCCUGUCAAUCCCUUAGGACAUGCAGUGGGGCUGGAAGGCACCCGUGUCCCUCAGGCCCCAUUUGGCAAGGCAAAGUGCUAUCUUCUAGUCCUUAACCUACAAGUUCUACAUAUGCACCAUUUCUCGGAGAAGUCCCAAGUACUCCAAAGCUUCAACUGAGCUCUAGGGUCUAAUCAAGCAGUGUGACACUUGACUCCUCUCUCUCAUCUGUGAUUCUCCCUCCUCCCCAGGGAAGCUUGUGCUUUCUAACCAGAAUCACUGGGUCCUACAGAUCACCCAGACAAUGGCUAAAGGGGUUGUCCGCUUUUCAGUGUUCAUCUGGAAAGAGCGCCGACUUCCUGCUGGUGCCCUCUUCCUCCUCUCCCAGCCCUCUCCCCUGCACUGCUCCUCUCAGGGUCCUCUUCCUCCAGUGUCUGUAGUUGGGGUUCAGGGGAUGGCAUGCCUGUUUAACCACUCAGCACCACUGCUGCAUCAUGCAUGGGUUAACAGUGAUUCACUAUAAUUGUGCACAAACUUAGAAACUGAAGAAUGCUAACAUAUGUAUCCUCUGAUUUUAUUGUAGUCUCAAAGACCUCGUGGAAUUAUGCUAAGGACACGGGAAUUUAGUUGCACAGACUUAGGUAAAGAGCAAACAGCUCACCAGAAGAAAGUAUUAACCAAGGUUAGACCCUGGCUGGCCAAUCUGUAACUGCACAUACGUGGAGUCAUUAGUUAUGUACACUUGUUUAUUCAUAAUUUGUCAUGUUUGGGGAUUAUCAAAGUAAUUCUAAUGAUGGCUGAAUAUAACAAAAGAAAAUCUUUUACCUCAUCUUAAAACAUCCACUGAUCCAUCUCAUUCAGUACAAUAGUCAAUGUUAAAAGAACAUAAAACAAA